AUGCCUCCUCCCAAUGACACUGAGUCCCACCCUUCUUCCUUCCUGCUGCUGGGGAUUCCGGGACUGGAAGCUGCACAGCUCUGGUUUGGCUUUCCCUUCUGUGCCGUGUAUCUGAUCGCGCUCGUUGGGAACCUUGUCGUUCUGUUUGUGAUCUGGACUGAGCAUAGCCUCCACCAACCCAUGUUCUACUUUCUGGCUAUGCUGUCAGUCAUUGACCUGAGUCUCUCGACAGCCGCCAUCCCCAGGAUGCUGGGCAUCUUCUGGUUCAGGCUCCAGGAGCUGUGCUUUGGGUGCUGUGUUGCUCAGGUCUUUUGUAUCCACUUCUUCACAGUCAUGGAGAGCAUUGUCCUUCUUGCCAUGGGCUUCGAUCGCUAUGUGGCAAUUUGCAACCCUCUCAGGUACACCAUGAUCCUCACCAACAGAAUCAUUGCUGGGAUAGGCGUGGUCAUGGUGGUGAGAAGCCUGUGCAUGAUUGUUCCCAUCAUUUUCCUCCUCCUCAGGCUGCCUUACUGUGGACACAGAAUCAUCCCUCACACCUACUGUGAGCACAUGGGAGUGGCACGUCUGGCUUGUGCCAGCAUCAAAGUCAAUGUCUACUUUGGUCUUGGGAAUAUUUCCAUCUUAUUUCUCGACGUGCUUCUUAUCAUCGUGUCCUACGCCAGGAUCUUACACACUGUCUUCCACCUCCCUUCCCAAGACGCCCGCCUGAAGGCUCUGAGCACCUGUACCUCCCAUGUGUGUGUCAUCUUAGCCUUCUUUGGCCCAGCUCUUUUCUCCUUUCUCACUCAUCGCUUUGGCCAUAACAUCCCGCAGUAUAUCCACAUCCUCCUGGCUAAUCUCUACGUAGUGAUCCCCCCUGCCCUCAACCCUGUCAUUUAUGGGAUCAGGACCACACAGAUCCAGCAGAGGGUGAAAAGUCUUUUUGUCAAAAAAGACUGA